AUGGCCAGUAGACCAUUUAAUAAACUAGAACAAGUCACAAUAGGGCCUAACGAAGUGCUCAAAGCUGAUUUAAAAUAUGAUUUAAUACAAGAAAUAGAAGAAUGUUUGUUAAAUACCAGGCUUGCUCACAAUCGCUUCGUAGAAGAGGAUAUUGCUGAUUUGCUUAUUGCCAGAAUAGAGCUCAUACGAACAGGCAUGGACGAUGUCGCGAGAGAAGAUAUUAAAUUUGUUUUAAGUCAUACAGAUGAACUUUCUGACGAAGAUAUUGAAAAUGUUACAAACUGUAUCAUGCAUGGGGCUAAAGAAAUUAUAACAAUCAUUAAUAGUACUGACAACAGAACUGGAUUUGGUACUAUGAUCACAGCAAGUUCUUGUUUAUCAGGAACGCUGUCAAUUUAUACAUCUGAACAUGAGCUUACAUCUGCAUUCAAUACUGGACCAAUAGGUUCAUCGACCCCGAAAAAGAUAGCAGAUGUUGAAAAGUUUACUCCUGAAGAAAAAGCCUACACGAGUGAUGUUGCUAGGAAAAUCGGAGAAUGGAUGAAGAACAUGAAACAUCCUUUCACUGUGGAAACCGACGGAAAUAUGUUUGAACUAAUGAAAAAUGAUUUAGCCGGUGAAAUCGUUGAUCAUGUCAAAAUAUCACAAUUAGCACCAAAUCCAAAUUGCGACGCCAAAACUUUUAUUACCUAUUACAUAUAUAAAUGGCUACUAAAAUUCGAGGUACUGGAGGACAUAAGUGAUGCAGAACCGUAUACUGAAGUACUAGUAACCCAGCUACUACAACUAAAUGUUCCCGAUUUGACAAGAUCACAGUAUGGAAACCGACAAGCUAUGAAAAAUUUACAAUAUAUGGAAACGGAAGAAGCUUGGACAGAACCAUUCAUUCCAAAGGCUCAAGAUAUUUUAGAAGACGAAAUAUCGAUUUGGAUGAACCAGCAACCUCCAGAUAUUUAUGCUAACAAUGAUAAAACCGUGCAAAAUCAAAUGGUUCAUGAAAUCGCUGAAAAAAUUAAAGGAAAAUUGGCUGCAGAUAAAGAAAACGACGAUGUUCCGAAGGAUAUUAAACAAUGGAUGGAGAAGGUCAUCAAACCUAAUGAAAGAAAUAGAGUAGAUAGCUUGUCAAAUAGUCUCUUGGAAAGAAUUAAAAAAGUGCCUCAAGAUGAAACUAUAAAAGCUAAAAUUGAUGCAAAAAUGCAAGCAAAAACAGAAGUUGCUCCACCUGUAUCGGCAAACAGUGUAUGUCAAACUACCGAGUCUGAUGAUUAUGAAAACACAAUAAAAAGCUUUGUUCUUAAAUAUAUUGAACACAAUUGCGAUACACAUGACUCAUUGGCCAAAGGAGCAUACAUACAGCUACUAAAAUCUGAACUACAAAGAUUUAGCCCAUUGGAGCGUCAGGAACUAUAUAAUAAGGCAGAAGCAGGCGCAACAGGUGAUGCGUUUAUUUCUGGCAAUCUAAACAGAGAACUGGAAUACGUCAAAGAUAUUUCUGAUUGGUUAAAAAAUAUACCGAUCGAGAGUUCUUACAACAGAGUUGGGAACAAAGAAAGAAUUGAAUUGGUCAUCGGCCUUGCUAAAAACAUAGUAGAGGUUGAAGAAGAAGUUAAACGAACACCUGAGGCAAUGGAUUUCUCUGUAUAUCUAGCAGGAAUCAUUUUGCAAUUUUUAGAACAAUUACCUGUUCUACCUGAUCAAAAACAGAAUGUACGUUUGAUGAUAGACCAAUUACUAACAAAGGUAGUUGCUAGGGUCAAUCAAAGUCCACGUUCAGUACAGCAAACAGGACUCAGCGUGCCAGAAAUAAUUGAAGAAUAUAUAAGAGUAUAUGGUCAGGAAAUAGCCGACGAUGAAUUAAAGUUAGAAGUAUGGACAGCACGCCUACUUAAAGAAAUAAAGAAAAUGAUAGUGGAAACUAAUUUAGAAAAUGUGAGUCCAGAAGAUAUCAAGAACAAACUUGCAACAGUGGCUCUACCUGGAGAUGAGUGUGUAAGGAGGUUUAAUCUUGAAUUAGACUAUGCCAAAGAAAUAGCUGAUUGGGUGAAAAAUUUCCCGGUAACAAGUCCCAUUGACGUUAACAUGGUAUAUGACUUAGCUAAGAAAAUAGCUGAUCAUGAGUGUGAUAAAUCUACACAGCCAGAUGUUAUGUACGAUCAAGAGUUAAACGAUUAUAUAAAACAGUGGAUUUUACAACUUCCUUUAGAUCCAAGCAAAGAAAUUGAUAUGCCAUUUGUCAUACAGCAGCUGAAAAAUAGGAUAGAUAAGGUGCAACGCAAAGAAAGCAUAACUUUACCUUCAUUAGAUACUACAAAAACAAAAAAUCGAAGAAAAUCCUCCAAACAAGGUUGUGCUACAUGUCCCGCUACUGAAGAUCCCGGUGCUGUGGUUGUUAAAGCCGUAGAAGAUUGGUGUAAGAAUCUUCCUCUAGAAGGAGGAAAGAAAGAUGACAUUAAAAGAGCGAAAGACGAUAUUGCAAGCAAACUUUAUCAAAAGAUUGGCGAAUUAAACGAUGAUACUCGUUACACCCAUUACGAAGCCGUGUAUGAACAAGCAAUAUCAGAUGAAGUUGAUAAACUGUUAAACAGUGUACCUGAAACCCUCAAACUAAAAGGCAAGAAAGAAGAUUUAAAAAUAAAAUUUGUUGACAGCUUACUGGCAGCUAGAACACAAGUAGAAAAUAUAACCGCCGGUAUUAAUUACAAAAAACGCUUGGAAGGUAUCAUUGAAACGUCUAUGCCUAAUCCAUUACCAGUUGAACAUGAUGACCCUGGGUUUGAAUUGUACAAAUCUAAUCUAGCGAGCAUAUUUCUGCUAGACAAUUUUGAUCACAGCAAUGAUGCCAUCAAAUUAAAGUACGAAAAUAAAAUUAAAAGUGAAAUUGACAAAUUUUCCCCGGAAGCUUUGCAUAGGAAUGCGAUACCAAUGACUAAGGACCAACUGUACAAUGAGCUGUAUAGCUCUAUGUACAAAAUACAGUUACCCGACCAAUGUCCGCUGGGUGAUGAAGUGCGGGUGAUAAAAACAAAAUGUGAAAUAAAUGACUGGUUUGAAACUUUGCCUAUGCCAGAACCAACCGAUAUAGCUCAAAUACUAGAAUACUGCAGCAAACAAGACAUAUUAGCUAAGAAAAUCCAAUUGCUCGAAAAAGAAAAAAAGGCUUCUGAAAAAGUAUUAAAUGAGAUCGUUAAAUGGUUAAAUAAAAUGCCUUUACCGGCUAGCGAACAAAAUAAUAUUAAUAAAUACGCAAGUAACCUUCAUGAGAAACUGAAACACACUCAGAAUGAUAGAAAAUGUUUUAGACCGUGGGAUGUUAAAUCAAAAGAAAGUAAAAUUAUGUUCAAAUUUGGUGAUACAAAUAAAGCUAGUAAAGAUAAAAAGAGAGCUAGUAGCGAAGUUAAGGUUUGGAUAAAUCCAAACACAACAAUAGGGCCUGUUGAAAAUAAACAAAUGCAAAAAUCUGGCGACGCAUUAGUAGAUAUUGUAGAAAGGUGGUGUAACAAUCUACCUUUGCCUCCCAAUGUACCACAAGAAGAACAACGAUCACUUCGGGACGAUCUGGCAACUAAAAUUUUAAUUAAAAUUAGCGAACUAAACAGCGAUCCCCAAUCAUUUAAUGAGAAUCAAAUGUACAACUAUUUAUUAAAUGAACAACUCGAAAAGCUACUCAGUACAUUACCACAAUGUGACUUAUUGUUACAAAGUAAAGAAGCAGUGAAAGACCAGCUCGUAUCGACAAUAGUUUCAAUGAAACCGUUAGUACGUCAAGAAAAAACCAGAUAUAACUAUAUUAAAGAUCUAGAAGAUACAAUAAAUAUAUUUAUAGAUGUUCCAGAACGCAGCACUACUGCAAAGGCAGCUCUACAUAGCAGUGUUAAAGACAAGAUUAUUGAUGAUUUUGUGGAAUACCAAUACAAUCGAGACGACGAAGAAGGUAAACAGUACUAUAAAAAUAAGAUGUUGGAAACACUGGCGAGGUAUAAUUACAAGAUUUCAACGGAAAAAGACGUGGGGAAAUCGCGAGGAGAAGCUUUAAUGCUCGGAAAUCAAUUGAUAUGUGAAAUGGCCAAAAUACCGUUACCAAACGACCCGGCAUUGAACGAUGAAGUUCAAGACAUUAGAAUGAAGCAACAAGUCGACGAAUUGUUUAACAAAAUUUCUCCUCAACGAGGCCAAGAAGAUAAAAAUAUUCACAGAAACCGACUGAAGGAUAGUUUAGCCAAGCAAUUAUGUUAUGUCGAGAAAAAAGGAUACACUCCUGAAAACGAGAACAGAAUGAAGAGUCUCAUUUCUAAAACUUUGAAGAAACUAAGUUAUGAAACAAGUAACCAAAAACUUGACGAAUUUAUUACUAAGUUAAAAGAAAACGAGAAAUUCCGUAAAGCGCCACCUUUAAGGAAAGGUGGUGAUGGUAAUUUGAGUUUACCAGCAUAUAUGCAUGAAGGGAACUAUUCAGCUCAUAACGUUGGGCCUAUGUCUCAGUCUCUGCCAAUUGGAAUGCCAUGUCCAAGUUCAUGCUCAGCAACUCCCAUGGCUUCCAAUCAGAUUCAAUCUGCAGUGUCACCCAGUCAGAUGCAACUAGCGAUCCCAUCCAAUCGGAUUCAACCCGCCAUGCCAUGCAACCAGACACAACCUUCAUUGAGCCCCAAUCAGAUGCAACUUGCGAUUCCAUCCAAUCAGACACAACCAGCAAUAAUACCCAAUCAGAUUGUACCUUCAAUGACUCCUAAUCAAAUGCAACUUGCGAUACCAUCCAAUCAGAUUCAACCUUCAAUGCCGUCGUGUCAAGUUCUGUCCGAUAUGACGUCCAGGCAGAUACAACCUUCAACCUCCAGUCAGAUGCAACCUCAGACAGCGUCCAUCCGAACCCAAACUUCGGCAUCGAACCAAGGAGUAAGACUGGAUCCAGUUAGUCCAUCGAAAGCCCUUAAGCCCCUGAUAAUGUCAUUCCCAACUGGAGACGCUAUUGAGACGUGGACUGGCUCUGAAUCCGGAGCUGUGCUAGGCGAACAGAAAGUCAAUGUAGACGUUCAUAGACCGAAUGCUUUAGAAUAUGUUCCGAAUACAGGAACGUACGUACCACGGAGGCUACAGAACGGUCAGUAUUUGGGUCCCCCAACACCUCGUUCAUCUUUAGAUCAGCAGUCUUCGUUUGUUUCUCGUCUACCACCGCCGAUAUCUGAAACUGGAGUACAAAUCAGCGCUCAAAUACCGUCAAUAGUCCCUAUUACAGACACGGGCGUACAGUAUGAAGCCAUUCCAACUGGAACCACGCGAACAGCUAAGCCACAGCACAGUGGCGCCGUAAGACAGUUAGUAAACGAACACGCAGAAGACCAAGAAGUUCCCGAAGAAUGUUACUGUGAUCUGUACCCGUAUUUGCCACCGUGUGUGAGUAGCCACCUGGGUAUGCCAAUAACAAUGCUGGGUAUCUGUGAAAGUUGCGGCGAUGUAUCCGAAGUGCCUUAUCCUUACUUAUUCUAAGC